AUGGAGGAAUGGAGACAAUGUGGUCGGUGGUUGAUAGACUGCAAGGUUUUACCCCCGAACCACCGGGUUGUUUGGCCCUCUGCAGUCGUCUUCGACUUGGCCCAAGCGCUCCGAGAUGGUGUGCUCUUGUGCCAAAUGUUGCACAAUUUGUCACCUGGAUCGGUGGACCUAAAGCAGAUCAACUUCCGUCCUCAGAUGUCCCAGUUUCUGUGUCUGAAAAAUAUCCGGACAUUCCUCAAGGUGUGCCAUGAUAAAUUUGGGCUGAGAAACAGUGAGCUGUUUGAUCCCUUUGACCUAUUUGAUGUGCGGGACUUCGGAAAGGUGAUUUCAGCCUUGUCUAGAAUCUCUCACCACAGCAUCGCACAGAUCAAAGGCAUCAGACCGUUCCCAUCAGAGGACACAGCGGUGAAUGAAGAUGAUGUGUACCGGAGUUUGGAGGAGUUGGCAGAUGAACACGACUUGGGGGAGGAUGACAUUUACGACUGUGUACCAUGUGAGGAUGAAGGAGAUGACAUCUAUGAGGACAUUAUUAAGGUGGAAGUCAGACAGCCUAUGAAAAUGGGGAUGACAGAGGAUGACAAAAGGAACUGCUGUUUGGUGGAGAUUCAAGAGACAGAAGCAAAGUACUACAAGACUCUAGAAGACAUUGAAAAGAAUUAUAUGAUUCCACUGAAGCAAGUUUUAAGUCCACAGGACAUGGAGGCCAUUUUUGUAAAUUUAGAGGAUGUGAUCAAGGUUCAUUUUGCUCUGCUGAGGGCCAUUGACCUGAACAUGGUUAGUGGAGGCAGUGGCCUAGGAAAGAUCUUCUUGGACUUCAAGGAGAGGCUGCUCAUUUACGGCCAGUACUGCAGCCACAUGGAGAGCGCUCAGAAGACACUGGAUGAACUCAUUGCCACACGAGAGGACAUCAGGGUGAAAGUGGAGGAGUGCACCAUGAAGGUUCAGGAGGGCAAGUUUAAACUUCAGGAUCUGCUGGUCGUCCCUAUGCAGAGAGUCCUUAAAUAUCACCUUCUACUGAAAGAACUGUUGAGUCAUUCUACUGACCCACCAGAGAGACAGCAGCUCAGAGAGGCCCUGGAGGCCAUGCAGGAUCUGGCUAUGUACAUCAAUGAAGUGAAAAGAGACAACGAGACCUUAAAGAAAAUAAGUGAAUUUCAGAGUUCAAUAGAGAAUCUCCAGGUGAAACUGGAGGAGUAUGGGAGGCCGAAGAUAGAUGGAGAACUUAAAGUGUGCUCUGCUGUGAACCGAACCAAACAGGACAGGUACAUCUUCCUGUUUGAUAAAGUGGUGAUUGUGUGCAAGAGGAAAGGUUACAACUAUGAGCUGAAAGAAACCAUAGAACUUCAGUUCUACAAGAUGUCAGACGAUCCCAUGAACAACAGAGACAUGAAAAAGUGGUCCUAUGGCUUUUAUUUGAUUCAUCUUCAAGGGAAGCAGGGCUUCCAAUUCUUCUGUAAAACAGAGGACACAAAGAGGAAAUGGAUGGAGCAGUUUGAAAUGGCCAUGUCAAACAUCAAGCCAGAGCGAGCCACAGCCAACCAGCAUAACUUUCAGAUGCACACUUUCGAGAAAAACACCAACUGUAAGGCCUGUAAGAUGCUGUUGAGGGGAAUUUUUUACCAGGGCUACUACUGUUCCCGCUGUGGGGCAGGUGCCCAUAAGGAAUGUCUGGAGGUCAUCACCAUCUGUAAAAUAAGUAUUUUAACGCCAAUCUGUUUGCCUCUCAUGAACGAAGGCCCGAAGAUGGUGGCCAUCCGAAAUUACCACGGCACCCCAGCCCCGCCUGGGAAAACAGCACUAACUUUCCAGACUGGGGAUACCAUUGAGCUACUGAAAGGAGAGCCCGAUACCUCCUGGUGGGAGGGAAGGCUCAUUCAAACCCAAAAGAGUGGCUACUUUCCAAGUUCAAGUGUGAAGCCUUGUCUAGACCCUAAGUCUUGCCCCAGCCGUCAGUCAUCAAGAGAAACAGACUACUACGUUUAUCCAUGGUUUGCAGGCAGUAUGGAGCGCCAGCAGGCAGAUAACCUGCUGAAAUCCCACAGCAGUGGUACAUACCUGAUAAGAGAGAGAACAGCAGAGGCAGAGAGAUUCGCCAUCAGCAUCAAGUUCAAUGAUGAAGUAAAGCACAUUAAAGUCAUUGAGAAAGACAACUGGAUUCACAUUACGGAAGCAAAGAAGUUUGAUAGCCUCCUGGAGCUGGUAGAAUACUAUCAGUCUCACUCUCUAAAAGAGAGUUUUAAGUUGUUGGACACGACGCUACGAUACCCCUACAAAUCCAGAGAACGGUCCAGCUCUCGUGCUAGCACCCGCUCCCCAGUCUUUACACCCAGAGUUGUCAGCACUGCGGUGGCCAGGUAUAACUUUGCUGCCCGUGACAUGAGGGAGCUGUCACUCAGAGAGGGGGACAUUGUGAAGAUCUACAGCAAGAUCGGAGGAGACCAAGGCUGGUGGAAAGGCGAAGCCAAUGGCAGGAUUGGUUGGUUUCCCUCAACUUACGUUGAUGAGGAGGGCGUGCAGUGAUGUGCUGAUGUCAUCUGGUUUCCCCAAUCAGAACACACUUAUCCAUAUCCCUCUGAGAGG